GUAGAACAGAUUAUAGUUGGUGGUGGUUAGUGGUAACUUUGAAAGAGAGAGAGAUGGGGAGAGAGAGAAAAGUGUGGUGGGGUGGCUUCGUGAUUGGGAUACUUAGGAAUUAGGAUGGCCCGCUUUCAAAAUGUGGAAAGAGUGGCCUUUAACCCACUUUCAAAAUUAUCGUGGUCAAAGGGGCAAUUGGCGUGGUGUCCGUUUGUGGCCGCGCUCGCCAGGGGAAAAGCUUCAUCUUGAAUCAGCUCCUUGGGAGGAGUGUUGGAUUUCAAGUAGCUUCGACUCAUCGGCCGUUUACUAAUGGGCUCCGGUUAUGUUGUGCUCCCUUAAAGAGAACUGGUCUUGAUGGCACAAAGUAUAAUCUAUUACUCCUAGAUACUGAAGGAAUUGAUGCUUAUGAUCAAACGGGAACGUACAUUGCUCAGUUAUUCUCCUUGGCUGUACUCUUAUCUAGCAUGCUCAUCUGUAAUCAGGUCAGGCAUCUUUAUACCGAGGCGUUUUUCCUUUGACAUGGUUUUUUCAUUGGUUUAGUAAGCAUUGCAUUUAUUUCCAAUGGUAGGGCUGGUUCUGAAGCAUGUCGUUUGGUUAGUAGUAGGCAGCAACUUGUCCAAUAUAACCAAUAGAUUGACAUGUUGUCUACAUAAGUUCCAUGCUCAUUGUUAGGGCUGGUUGAACUAGAUAUCUGGUUUGCUUUUUAUGAAAUUCCUAGACUUGAUCAAGUUCUUCAAAUACUUCUGGCAUGGGAACUAGACAGCUGGUUUACUUUUACCAUAUCUUGUGUUAGAACCUUUGGUGUGUGCUGCUUGUUUGAGAGUUUUGCAGCUAAACUGCAAAAAUGGAAAUUAUUGCUGUUUCAUCGCAAGACAGAGGGUGUUUAUGCUAGACUGCUUGUAGUUAUGAAUUUUCUCUAUAGUUCUUGACACAAUCCCAUGCUUCAUUUUAGUGCUUGCUUAGUCAGCAAUAUGUUCUUUUACCCUAUUGGGUUUGCGAAUUUGAUAUCCUGUUUCAGGUAGUUGACAAUGUAAACAAGCUAGCUAGCUAGCUAGCUUGGUGAAUAAGAAAAGCUUGAGGAAUUCGUGGGACUUUUCCACAAGAAUUUGACAUCCCCAGGGUCUCCUGCAUUUUAUUUGCUUUGUCUUGUUUUCGUGCUUCUCUUUAAAGAUCCGCUGUUUAGUUUAGGUGCAAAGUUCUUAGUAUGCAUGCUGUCAGGGAAAGUUAGCUGGCCCUCCCUGGCUCUCAAGUUUAGGAUAUGGUUGUAUUAGGAAUUUAUUGUAAUUUUCUUCCACUUCCUCUUUUGUUAUUUCUGUCAAUAAAUAAAAUGUCACCAUUAUAAAAAAAAAAAUUAACUAGAGUUUCGUGACAAUUAAGAGAUUUAAUUGUUACAUCACGAUACUUUCCUUAUGCAGA